UGAUUUAGCUCACCAAGUGAUAAGCUGUGGGAUAUAGCCUGAGCCGACGCUUGACACCAUCCAGAACUUCUCUGUUCUUCAGAAGGACAUCCAGAAUGGUGAGUACGCUCUGUCUCUCUGCUUUUGCAUAUAUUCUUCAUAGCACUGAGCUUUUGGAUGAACACACAUUAAGGUUGAACUGUUACCCUGUCCCACCGAGGAAGAAGGAGAAACUAAGCAAAGGGAGAAAGCAAUGGUUCAGCCUGUAUGCAGGCAAUAGAGAGAUGGAGAAAGGGUGUUGUCUGUGCGAUGACUCGGAAGAUCUAAUACCCAAGGGAUGGCGGCGAAUAUUGGCUCAUGUUCAGAAGGAUACAACUAUGAAGAAACAGGAAAUGGUACCUGUCCCUGGUAGCACCCAGUCCUGCUUGUGUCCUGUUUUGCCUGUCAGGGAAAUAUUGCAGGAUGCUUGCUUUAUAAAAAUUACGUUAGUGUGUGCACACAUCUGCCACAGAUUUCUCCAGCUUUCAGUUCCCUCUCCCGGUUCUCUGAAUGGGAUUGUGGGUUAGAUGGCUCUUCCCCAGGGAUGGGGAAUCUGUGGCACAAUUUUGUCAGGCAUGAUGGGAUCUGUAGUCCAACAACAUCUGGAGAUGUUUAGAACAGGUUUCCUCAUUCUAAAUAGUUGUCCACUGUUUAUCCCUAAAUACACACAUGCCAGUGGACUGCUCUCCUUCAUCCCCAUUCCCUAUAACACACUGAUUGUUAGUGGCUGCCAAGAUUGCAGUCCUAAACAUGUUACUAGAAAGUAACCCUCCCUGAAUCAGUUAGGAUGUGCAUCUGAUUGUGAUGUAAAUGUGUUUUUGAAUUGCAGCAGUUCCAUAACACGACAACCUUAUCCAGUGUGGCAUUAAACCGUCCAGUGAACAUAUUCAAGUUUGUGUAUGUGUUUUUUGUCAGCUUUGGAAGCCAGGGCAGGAUAGGCUAUGGCAGAGCAAAUCUAUCCAAUGCUCAGCAGGUGAAUAAAAAAUUGAGAUUGAUAUUCCUGCAUUUCAGGGGGUUGAACUAGAUAACCCUCGGGACAUUGUCCAACUCUACAAUUCAAUGAUUCAAUAACCUGAGCCCACAACUAAUCCCCUAGGGCAGAGCUUUCCAACCUUAUCAUGUCGGUGACACACUUUUUAGACGUGCAUCAUUUCGCGAUGCAGUAAUUCAGUUUUACCAGCAAACCGGAGGUUAAAUAACCCCCGUUCCAGCCCUGGGAGGAGCGUUCGCACGACACACCUGCACACUGCAGCCGACACACUAUCUAGAGUUGUAGCCAAUGUCACAUUAAGAAAACAGUUCUGUUUUCACAAGGAUUUAUGCUUGUGCAAUGGAACUUUCCUCCCUUCCCUUCCCCACCCCCUAAAUCUGUUCUGUGGGAUCCCUCAAUCCUCUGGAGCAGUUUUGGGAAGAGAGAGAGGGGGGAGAAGGUGGGGGAAGUUGUGCGAGUGUAAAUCUUUGCACUAAUGAAAUGAGUGUGCUGGAUCUUGUCUCUCCAGUCUGCUAGUUGGGCUAAGCAUAAUGAGUGCUGUGGUUUACGUCUUCCCAAUGUGUCAGGUGUACUGACUGGUGCUGUUGUAACCUGUUACUUUUCUUCUUCUUUUUGUCGUUCAGGCCAGCAGAAAGGCCGGGACUCGGAGCAAAGCUGCCGCAAAGCAUGCCCAGAGGAGCUCCUCCAAUGUCUUCUCCAUGUUUGAGCAGUCGCAGAUCCAAGAGUUCAAGGAGGUGAGAUGCUCAGGGGUUGUUUUCCUGUUCAGCCAAGGAAAUGAGUUCCAAGCCUGAACUCAGCCUGUAUCCAAUGCAGUAAAAUUGACAAAGGUGGACUCUGUGAGUCAGGUCUAUUUUACCUGGCAGUGGGAAUAAGUCUAUGCUACCUGGUGGUGACUCUCUGAGGUUUCAGAUGGGAGUCUGCCCCAGCUGCCAACCUGGAGAAGUCAGGGACUGAAUCUAGGCUGUUGUUCUUCUUGCAAAGUUCUGCCAUUGAGCCAUCAUGGCAAAGAGAUGGAGUUCAUAUGUCUCUUUAUGUCACCUCUGUACAUGAUCAGGGUUCUGAAAUGCAAGAGGCAAUUCAGUAUGAGACCUGCAGACUAGGGAUGGGAGAGAAUGCAGUUCACUUUGCAUUUAAAGGUGAACUUAAUUCUUUCACACUUCCCUGAAAAGAUAUGCAAACUGAAGGGCAGCUAUCCUUCAAAAUUCUCACUGCUCUGGAUUUUGCAGUGCCGAUCUCCAGCCAAGUAAUGGGAACCAAGAUGCAUAUACUGGGGUGAGGUGCACAUGAGAAUGCAUUUAUUGGUGAAAAUGACAUACAGAAAUGUGUUAUGCUAUGAGUAAUUGCUUUAGGAAAAUGUGCAUAUUGGGCAAAGUUGCAUUUUGAAAAGUGUAAAUUAGGAGAAAUGUGCAAUAAAAUGCUGAUGGUUUUUCAGGAGGGCUCUUUUUAGAAAGAAAGAAAGAAAGAAAGAAAGAAAGAAAGAAAGAAAGAGAAAGAAAGAAAGAAAGAAAGAAAGAAAGAAAGAAAGAAAAUAUUGCAUACUGGUGUGGAAAUGUAGAGAACUGAAAUUAAGAUAGAAAAAAAAUGAGAAAUUGAGAGAAACCGAAACGGACAGGUCUACCCAUCCCUACCACAGUCACCCUCCAACUGUCCCUGUAUAGACCUGUAAGGUCAUGUGAAUUUGGGGGACCUCUUCUCAUGGCACAACACUCUACAAUAUACCACAGUGCAGUGAACUGAAAAUGGGAAUUUUCUGCUCCUGCUCCUGUAUUGUAGACUACCAGGGACGCGGGUGGGGCUGUGGUCUAAACCAUUCUUGGGCUUGCCUCUUGGGCUUGCCAAUCAGAAGGUUGGCGGUUUGAAUCCCCACGACGGAGUGAGCUCCCGUUGCUCUGUCCCAGAUCCUGCCAAUCUAGCAGUUCAAAAGCACACAAGUCCAAGUAGAUAAAUAGGUACCGCUGCAGCGGGAAGGUAAACAGUGUUUACGUGUGUUCUGGUUUCCAUCACGGUGUUCUGUUGUGCCAGAAGCGGUUAAGUCAUGCUGGCCACAUGAUCCAGAAAGCUGUCUAUGGACAAACACCAGCUCUCUCGGCCUGAAAGCAAGAUGAGCGCCGCAACCCCAUUGUCACCUUGGACUGGACUUAACUGUCCAGGGGUCCUUUACCUUUUUACCUUUUACUGAAAACAUUCCGUUUGCUGUACAUAAAACAGCAGCCACCAGUUUCUUCAGAUGCUUCAGACUUUCCCUUAAGGUUGCAUCCUGUUUUUAUUUGUUUGAAUUCCUGUUUUUGUUUGUUUUUAUAUGCUAGAGAUUAUAUAGAGAUUGAUUUUAAAAACAAUUAUUACAUGCUUUAAAUCAAGGAUUUUAUCCAAUGCUAGUCAAAUUCAGAGCAGACUCACUGAAAUCAGUAGGUUUGAAUAAGUUAGAGCUGUCAUGUAUUCUACUCAUUGAUCCAGAGCAGAAAUCCAACGUAUAGUUAGCAGAGUAAAAGCGUAAACACCUUUAAGUCAGCUGCACUCAGCUUCUCUGAAGGAAUAACCCAAACAUCGUGAACCUUCUGCUUGUUUCUUUCACACAGAGAAGCUUCCAGAACCCUCUUGAAUUAAUUAGAAAAGGAGAGAUCUCUACACAUUGGAUCAAUACUUUCUGUACUAAGAAAUGCAAACUGACAAGAGCCAUUAAUUUAAAUGGGUCUGUGCUGAGUAGAACUCAAUUGAAGACAACCCAAAUGAGAAAUAACUCUUAGAGGGUAAACAGGAAAGUGAUGUGAGGAUGGGGAAGCCCAGCCAAGGUAGAUUUUACAUUUGAAUUACAGGCUUAUAACAUGCAACCCCCAACUCUACUGGUUUGCAUGUCUUGUGAAACAAGCAAGGGCUGCUCAACUAAUGAAGCGCUAUAAUCACUUUUGCCCUUCGCUGGAGAGAUAACAAUGAGGAGUAGAUGCAGGCAGGGGAAUGGAAAAUAUUUGUGUGGGUGUGUAUGUUCUUAUUAUAGUGGCAGAAAGGAAUUAAACUUGAGAAAUAGAGAGAGUAGAUUUAACUUUCCUUAUCUUUCCCCAAGGCAUUCAGCUGCAUUGACCAGAAUCGUGAUGGCAUUAUCAGCAAAUCAGACUUGAAAGAGACAUACGGUCAGCUGGGUGAGUGCCUCCGGUCACCAUGAAAUUGCACUCUUCAAAAGUUCAGAUGAUUUUUUAAAAAGAAAAAUAUUAAGCAACUAACUGGUACAAGGAAAAACAGUGCCAAAUAGCCAGGCCUGGAUUCAGAGUCUCUGCCAAAGAGAGAUUAUUGUAAUCUUCAUCUUUAAAACUGACAAAAGGUUAAGGUACCCAUGACCAUUAGGUCCAGUCGCAGACGACUCUGGGGUUGCGGCGCUCAUCUCGCUCUAUAGGCUGAGGGAGCCGGUGUUUGUCCGCAGACAGCUUCCAGGUCAUGUGGCCAGCAUGACUAAGCCGCUUCUGGCGAACCAGAGCAGCGCACGGAAACACCGUUUACCUUCCCGCCAGAGCAGUACCUAUUUAUCUACUUGCACUCUGAGGUGCUUUUGAACUGCUAGGUGGGCAGGAGCUGGGACUUAACAACAGGAGCUCACCCCAUUGCGGGGAUUCGAACCGCUGACCUUCUGAUUGGCAAGCCCUAGGCUCUGUGGUUUAGACCACAGCGCCACCCGCAUCCCUAAAAGUGACAAAGGAACAUACAAAAUGGGAGAUGCCAGAGAUUGAUCCUGGCGCUUUUGGCAUGCAAAGCUAGGGGGCUGAUGGGAGUUGUAGUCCAAAACAUCUGCAGGGCACUAGGUUGGCACUGCUUUAGGGAGAAGCAAUUGCUAUUUACUAAAAGCAACAUUCACAACUGGAAAGAGCUGUAGCGCAGCGGUAGAGAAUCUGCUUCACAUGCAGAAGAUUCCAGGUUCAAUCCCCAGAUGGGAGAGACUGUUGCCUGGAACUCUGGAGGGCUCCUGCCAGUUAGUACAGCAAUAUUGAGUGAGAUAGACCAAUAGUCUGACUCAAUAUAAGGCAGUUUCCUAUGUCUAAAAAUUCACAGUGACCUUUCUAAUACCCACCUGCUUAUCUUCAGAGCCUCUGAGGACUUGGUGCAUGUUAUUUCUGGAGCCAUGAGCACUUCACGGUCCUUCAUCUCUGGAUGGUGUCAUUUUUGAUAAACAGCUUGUCACUUUCAGAAAGGGGUCUGCAGAUCUCAGCUUUAUUUCUAGUACACAGGGUGGUGGUAUGAGCAUCCUUCCUAACUUUGGAGAGCUCUUUUUCCCUCUUCUAGCACAGAAGGAGGAGGAGACGAGCUAAAAAUGCCAGUGGCGAAGUUGUUUUAAGGGGAGACAUGUAUUCAAAUGACAUUAUCACCAAAGCCAGAAACCCUGGGAAGUCUGUAGAAUGUAGACCAGGGCUGAUAUGCUUCGCCAAAUUUUGUGCGCAAAGGUGUGGGAGGGUGAGGAUUCAAGAAGGAAAUGGCAAAAAUUAUAUGUCUCUACCACAGAGGACUUGCUGAUCAGAAGGUCGGUGGUUUGAAUCCCUGCAACGGGGUGAGCUCCCGUUGCUCGAUCCCUGCUCCUGCCAACCUAGCAGUUUGAAAGCACGUCAAAGUGCAAGUAGAUAAUUAGAUACCACUCUGGCGGGAAGGUAAAUGGCGUUUCCGUGUGCUGCUCUGGUUCACCAGAAGUGGCUUAGUCAUGCUGGCCACAUGACCUGGAAGCUGUACGCCGGCUCCCUCGGCCAAUAAAGCGAGAUGAGUGCCGCAACCCCAGAGUCGGCCACGACUGGACCUAAUGGUCAGGGGUCCCUUUACCAUUACUUUACUAUGCCCCUGUGGGCAGAGUCAUAUAGAACCAGCCACAGAUGUUCUUUUGCACUGACAAUUUUGUAUCAGACAAUUGGAUCUAAGUACAGUACAUUAAUCAGUUGGCUGUUAGCAGGGAGUGGCACACAGGCGAAUGUUAAGUACCUUUCCUUAUGUUAACUCAGGGUGGGGAUAAGGGGAAGAUAGUAGCCAGGUCUCUGCAACAUGCAAUGAGGAUUCAUGAAUGUUAGAAAACAGUAUUUUAAUUGUUAGUGGUUGGGCAAACCCAGCCAGAUGGGCAGGGUAUAAAUAAUAAAAUUAUUAUUAUUAAUAUAUUGUUUGAUGCAGAUUUUGCUGUGUACCGAACCUUUCAGAAUUCGUUCUAUAUGCCAAUAAAGGUUUGCAAUUGAUAUAGGUCUCUGAAGAUUGAGGAUGGACAAAAAUUCCCCAGAACUUCCAGGUUAGGGGGUGUUUUGCUUAUCUCAGAAAUUAGACCUGUAUUGUCCAACCUGGUGCAACGUCCACCAUCUGUAUUGAAAGAAGGGUUGCAGAUAACUGCCCCAAGAACAUCAUGAUCACAAAUAGUCAUGAAUGAACAAUAAACAGGAUGUCUGGAAAGGUCCAUGGAUUUCACUACUAGGGCCUGCUUUUCUCUCUACAGGGAAAAUAAAUGUGAAGGAGGAAGAGCUGGAUGAGAUGCUAAAGGAAGGGAAAGGGCCAAUUAACUUCACGGUCUUCUUAACACUCUUUGGGGAGAAAUUGAAUGGUAAGUUGGUGCUGCCAUAGUCAAGGACCUUGCUCACUAACCCUCAGUCUUGCUCAUUAACCCUCAAUCCAGCUCUUGAUUUGCACCCAACGCCCCUGAACAUACUGCAAUAAAAGGCCAAACAAAAAACAAAAAAACCCAAACAAAACUGAUUUACCACUAGGGGCAUUUCCUGCCACUAUUUUCAGGAAGGAUUCAAUCACAUGCCAGCAAAUGGAGAUUGCACAACUGAAGCUAAUUUGAAGCUAAUUUGAGAGCCAGUGUGGUGUAGUGGUUAAGAGUGGUAGACUCGUAAUCUGGUGAACCGGGUUCGCGUCUCUGCUCCUCCACAUGUAGCUGCUGGGUGACCUAGGGCUAGUCACACUUCUGUGAAGUCUCUUAGCCUCACUCACCUCACAGAGUGUUUGUUGUGAGGGAGGAAGGGAAAGGAGAUUGUUAGCCGCUUUGAGACUCCUUCGGGUAGUGAUAAAGCGGGAUAUCAAAUCCAAACUCUUCUUCUUCUUCUUGUACAACAAACCUACUUUGCCCCUCAAAAUUGGUUUGCGGCAAGGUAAUUGGCAGGAAAAUGCACUAGGAAGGGUCAGGUAAUGAUUUUUCAAUGCAACAUCAUCUAGCUACCCCACAAACAAAUUAGAAUGAACACUUGAUAAAUUGUGGGUGUCCUCUGGCCUCCCCACAAACCCUGUGCAAAACAAAUCAGGAUGAAUGCACAAUAUGCAUGUCAUACGGAAGGGGUGCUUAAAAAAGGGUGUUUGUUUGUUUAUUGCAUUUACAUCCCACCUUUUUUCUCCAAGGAGCUCAAGUUGGCGUCCAUGGUUCUCGCCCUCCUCAUUAAUCCCCACAACCACUUUAUGAGGUGGGUUCAGCUGAGAGGCAGUGACAGACCCAAGAUCGCCCAGUGAGCUUCAAGGCUGAGUGGAGAUUUGAAACUUGGUCUCUCAAGUCCUAGUCUGACACUCUAACCAUUACAGUGGUACCUCGGGUUACAGAGGCUUCAGGUUACAGACUCCGCUAACCCAGAAAUAGUACCUCGGGUUAAGAACUUUGCUUCAGGAUGAGAACAGAAAUCACACAGUGGCGGCGCAGCAGCAGCGGGAGGCCCCAUUAGCUAAAGUGGUGCUUCAGGUUAAGAACAGUUUCAGGUUAAGAACGGACCUCCAGAACGAAUUAAGUUCUUAACCCAAGAUACCACUGUACACCACACUGGCUUUGGGUAGGAAUUGUCCAUUCAAGCAGAGCCCUUGUGUCCAACAUUCUCUGUCCAGUAGCACCAGGGCACUGUGCCAAACGGACAGGUGAGUUUAAUGUUGCGAUACAGUUGUGCUGGCAGAAACCUGUGCAACAGACCGUGCAAGAAAGUUACCAGCAACCUACUUACGCAUUCUCUUGUGCAAAAACAUUUUGCCGGUCACACCACUAAGUGACUUUAACUUAGGGUUAUGUUGCAUACAACCUCAAUGGAAAAUCAUGACACAAGCAUCUCCAUACUGCAGGAUGAACGUUGCUGUUACUUCCUGAUGUUCACAAAUAUAUUUAAGUGGUCAAGCGGGUGAGUCACAGAAGCCCCAGCAUGGGUCUUUGGGACUGGCAAAAAGUUCUUGAGAAAAGGCAAAAGUGAAUCCAUUCCAUUAGUCGGUUCCCUUAAGGCAGUGACGGCUAAACUUGGACCUCCGUUUUUGGGACUACAAUUCCCAUCAUCCAUGACCACUGGUCCUAUUAGCUAGGGAUGAUGGGAGUUGUAGUCCCAAAACAGCUGAAGGGCCAAAUUUGGCCAUCAUUGCCUUAAGGUGUAGGAGGCAGUUAUUAUACUUUUCUGUCCUUGCGCUCUCUCUCUCUCUCUCUCUCUCUCUCUCUCUCUCUCCAUUGUUUGGUUUGGUUUUUGUUAACUUUCCAUUUCCUCCCUGGAACGUCAAAUCUUCCAGACUCCCUGCCCAACCAAAAGGGGGUCUUGCUCUUGGUUUGAGGAUCUUUGCUGUAUGUUGAGCAAUCCUUCUCUUCCACAGGCACUGAUCCCGAGGAAUCCAUCCUUGCUGCCUUCAAGUUAUUUGACCCCAACGGAACUGGCUACGUGAACAAAGAUGAGUAAGAACAUUAACUACAGUUUAGAUCCUGUAGUUCUGAUCCCAUGGGGCUCUGAUUGGGUUAAGUCUGAUCAUUAGCAUAUGCGGCUCCGGGGUGCAAAAAUCCACCCAGCGCCCCCAAUUUUGGGGGGGGGGGCAGGUCAAAGUUAUAGAGCCUUUUUUAGGGGGCAACUCAAAGUUGUUGAGCUAAGGAGGGGAACAGCGGAAACAGUGAAAAAAUAAAAAGCAGCAGCGAUAACUCCUGUCUUUUUGCGAUUAUGCGAAAAUGAAAUACACCACUAGGGGGCGCCGCGGGAUACGUUGAUUCUGCAGCUGUUCCGCAAAAGAGAAUGGAAAUGACCCAUCGACCGCAAUCACCCGGCUUGGGGGGGGGGGUGCGGUUAAGAGCUUAGGCAGCUUGCACCCCCGGGUAAAGACAGCCCUGGGUCUGAUUGGCUUAAUCAAUGGUUGGGGUGAGAAAGCCAUGGCUCAUUGGAAGAACAUCAGCUUUGCAGGCAGAAGGUCCCUGGUCCCAUUCCUGGCAUCUUCAGGUCAAACUGGGAGGAACCCUGGUCUGAACUCCUGGAGAGCUGCUGCCAGUCAGUGUAGGCACUACUGAGCUUGAUAGUCCAAUGGCCUGACUCAUUAUAAGGAAACCUCCUAGGAUUUCUCCAUACAAGCCUCAGCAGAGAAGACUUCAGGGAAGGUGCCAUGGCUCAUGGGUAGAGCAAGCAAAAUUUCCCAGGUAUCCCUAGGGCGGAGGGAGACCCGGAGAGCUGCUGCCAGUCAGUGCAGGCAAUACUGGUCUGGUACAAUGGUCUGGUACAGUAUAAGGCAACUUUCUAGGUUCCUAUUAGAGUUCUGGGUGGUGUGUUGGAACAGCACUGACUUUUUAUUUCCAAUUUGUUUUCCAGGUUUAAGCAACUCCUGAUGACUCAGGCGGACAAGUUCUCUGCUGAGGAGGUGAGGCAACUCUUUCUGGUCUAGCACUAGUUAAAGCGUGCUUCUCGCCCUCCCUCUUUAAAUCCCAAUUUCCUCUUAGCAGGAAUCUUUCACAAGCAUCAAACCUAGGAGACAGCUUUAAAUUGGUGUAUUAAUAUGGCAUAGGGAUGCGGGUGGAGCUGUGGUCUAAACAACAGCCUCUUGGGCUUGCUGAUCAGAAGGUCAGCAGUUCAAAUCCCCACGACGAGGUGAGCUCCUGUUGCUCUGUCCCAGCUCCUGCCAACCUAGCAGUUCAAAAGCAUGCCAGUGCAAGUAGAUAAAUAGGUACUGCUGUGGCAGGAAGGUAAACAGCAUUUCUGUGCGCUCUGGUUUCUGAGUAAGAUCAAUUAUUUGAUUAUUGCUGUAAACCGCCAAAAUUUAUUUUGUAUAGUUAAAAUUUUACCUGUAUCUUCAGUACAUUUUAUUUUAUUGCUACAGCUAGUGGUUGAUGCAAAUCAAGAUUCUUCUGAUCUGUUCUCUGAUCAAAGGCCCUACCAGAGGGUCCCUGGUAGAGGCAGAUUGAGGAGAACGUGACCAGUUAGGCUGCCCUGGAUGUAGAGCCUCAAGGGCGCCACAACUAUGAUGUAGAAUUAGAGACCCCAAGGUCUGCCUCUGUCCCUGGAGACAGGUGGCCACCAUAGCUAAUAGCCUUCCCUUUUUUUGCGGGAAAUUCCCUUAUUCCAGCUCCAUUUCCCGCUGCUUCCUGCUGCUAUCCCGGAUUGUUAGAUAUCCUGUAGACUGCCCCCGGGACAGGUGAGGCUGCUGAUCCCUUAUUUUCAAAUCUGAAAGUUGACAGCUAUGGUGGCCACCUGGGGUUCUGAGGACUCAUGAAACCAUUGUCCUGAUUCUUCUUGUGUUUGACAGGCAGUAAAACUCCACUGAAGUGUUGGACAGUCAUUCCUAGCUACUAGUUUCCAUGUAUCCCAUCAAUCCCUCUCUUUCCUUAGCUGAGCCUUUUUAUCUCAGCUUUCAUAACGUCAACAAUAUUGCAGAUCAAGGUAUUCGUAUAGCUGGAUUGAGGGCCUUUAUCAGAACCCCUUCUGCUGCUUUCAGAUAUCGCUUUCUGCUCGAGCAAUGAGCAAACGAUGAAAAAUAUUGUUCCCAUUUAACGUAAGAAAAGUCUGCUGGCUCAGAGGUCCAUCUCGUUUGGCAUCCUGUUCUCACUGGCCAACCAGAUGCCUAAAGAACAAGCACACAAACAGCACUCUGCUCACCUACAAUUCCUAGCAACAGCUUUUCAGAGGCCUACUGCCUCUGACAGUGGAGGCAGAAUUUCCAGUAUUUUUAUAAAGAAACUGUAUUAGCAAGCUCUUAGCCACAACCAUCUUGAAAGCAAUAUACAUUUAUUUAACUCCAAGAUCGGUUCCCCCUUCCAAUCUCAUGACUCAAGGAGGUGGGGAAAACUAUGACGACGGAGUCCCAAGGCUCGCAAGGCCGGGCAGGGACUGGUUGAUUAGGCCAGCCAAACGCUGCCUUCUUACCCCCGUUUUGUGUUCCUUCUUCCCUAGGUAGAGCAAAUGUUUGCGGUCGCUCCCAUCGACGUGGCCGGAAACAUCGACUACAAAUCCUUGUGCUACAUCAUCACGCAUGGUGAUGAGAAGGAAGAAUGAAGAUCUGUGGGGAAAUUGAAAGUUUGCGGCGGCAACUCCUGCUAUAUUUGAAUAAAAUGCCCGAUGAGAAAUGAAGG